CACAGCAAACGCAACGUCUAGCUUUGGUUUAGAGAGGAGUGUUUUUCCACUCUCUUCAGUUUAAGGGGUUUCGUUACGGUAGAGAAUAGAAAGUAGCAAUGUCUUUCUCGAUGCCGAGGGAACACGCGAGAGCAAGAGGAGUUGCCAAUACUUGCAAUGGUCUUGCGCGAAGGAUGGUAAACCUCCCACGGAGCAUUAUGGGGGGAUUCUCUAGGGCCAUUGAACAUGGUAUAAGUAUGAUGGGAGGGGGGUCUGUAGCACCACCACCAUCACCCCAACCGGCAAGUAGUAGGAGAGAUCAUCAUCAUCAGCGUCAGGAAGAAGAGAACUUGUUGCAUUCGGCUGUGGCCAGAGAGCCUUCAGUUAAUAUUCCUGAGGAGUGGGCUUUCUUAGCCAGCUUUGAGGAGCAGUAUGGUUCGUCACAUCCCUUCUUCUAUGCCUGCCGUUUUGCCGAGGCUCUAAAAAUAGCACGAGAUGACCGCAAGUUGACGUUCAUGUAUCUCCACUCUCCAGGUCACCCUUUUACGCCUUCUUUUUGUGGAGGUACUCUAUGCUCAGAGCUGGUGGUACAGUUCCUUGAUGCAAAUUUUGUUUCGUGGGGUGCACUAGCAAGCAGGGGAGAGGGUUUACAGAUGGCUACAGUAUUGACAGUGGCCGCCUUCCCAUUCUGUGCCGUAGUAGCCCCUGCCUCUGGUGAUAGCAUACUUGUGCUGCAACAGGUGGAGGGACCAGUCUCCCCUGCUGAGUUGGUGGAGAUUCUACAGAGGGUGAUGGAGGAACAAGGGUCAAGCUUCGGUGCCCCAAGCGUCAAGGACCUAGCGGAGAAGAGACCACCACAGGUUGAUCGUAGGCUGCGGGAAGAACAAGAUGCAGCUUAUCUUGCAGCACUUCGGGUAGACCAGGAAAAGGAUAGAAGCGGCAGUAGAGAGGUGCUUAUAGAAGAAACAGAGUCGAUCCAAAAGCCAACAGAAGCGAAGAGUACCAAGGUAAAAAUUGACCGGUUCCAAGGCAAUUCCGCUACCAAGCAACAGAUCGUCGGUAAAGUGGAGACGGGCAAAGAAACGCAACCAAAGGAGGAAAUCCUCUUUCGUGGAAAGGAUCCGCCACCACAACCACAAGUUACCAAGAUACUAAUAAGAUUUCCUAAUGGGGAAAGAAGAGAGCAGAGCUUCCUAUGCACAGACAAGAUCCAGUCUGUCUACAGAUACAUCGAUUCACUAGCUUUACCUGGCAUAGGAAGUUACAGAUUGAUAUCUAGCUUCCCGAGAAAAGUUUAUGGUUUCCAACAGUUGGGGAUGACUCUAAAAGAAGCUGGUUUUCAUCCUAGAGCAACCCUGUUUUUGGAGCUUCUUUGAACUCUGUUCUUACACCCAACAAACAGGAUAAGUCUCCAGUAGGAAUUUGGAGCUUUGUGUAAAUUAAUGUAAAGCGGUAGACCGUGAUUUAUCUUCCGUUGAUCGAGUCCAAACAAAAGCGCAGAAAUUCAGAGUGUGGGUUAGAUGUGUAACAAAUGAACGAGGCAAAAGUUUUUCUCGAGUGUGCGUAUUCAUCCUAAAUUUCAUCUAUAUCUCCAUGCUAAUUUUUCUACAUUUAA